AGUCUUACUUGCCCCCUCCAACGCAGGUAGAGAGAAAGAGAGAGUUUCGAGACCCAAUGGCGAGCCAAGGCGUUGCCUCCAUGUUCACUCUCGCAUUGCUUCUCGGAGCCUUCGCGUCUAUCCCACCAAGCGUGGAGUCGAUCGGGGUGUGCUACGGCAUGAGCGCCAACAACCUGCCGGCGGCGAGCACCGUCGUGAGCAUGUUCAAGUCCAACGGGAUCAAAUCGAUGCGGCUGUACGCUCCCAACCAGGCGGCGCUGCAGGCCGUCGGCGGCACGGGCAUCAACGUCGUCGUCGGGGCUCCUAACGACGUCCUCUCCAACCUCGCCGCCAGCCCGGCAGCGGCCGCCUCGUGGGUCAAGAGCAACAUCCAGGCGUACCCCAAGGUUUCCUUCCGGUACGUCUGCGUCGGAAACGAGGUCGCCGGCGGCGCCACCCGGAACCUCGUCCCGGCAAUGAAGAACGUGCAUGGCGCGCUCGUCGCCGCUGGGCUGGGCCACAUCAAGGUGACCACGUCGGUGUCGCAGGCCAUCCUCGGCGUGUUCAGCCCGCCCUCCGCCGGGUCCUUCACCGGGGAGGCGGCCGCGUUCAUGGGCCCCGUGGUGCAGUUCCUUGCCCGCACCAACGCGCCGCUCAUGGCCAACAUUUACCCGUACCUGGCCUGGGCUUACAACCCGAGCGCCAUGGACAUGGGCUACGCUCUCUUCAACGCGUCCGGCACCGUGGUCAGGGACGGCGCCUACGGGUACCAGAACCUGUUCGACACCACCGUGGACGCCUUCUACACGGCCAUGGGCAAGCACGGCGGCUCCAGCGUGAAGCUGGUGGUGUCGGAGAGCGGGUGGCCGUCGGGCGGCGGCACGGCGGCGACUCCGGCCAACGCUAGGUUCUACAACCAGCACCUCAUCAACCACGUCGGGCGCGGCACCCCACGCCACCCGGGCGCCAUCGAGACCUACAUCUUCGCCAUGUUCAACGAGAACCAGAAGGACAGCGGCGUGGAGCAGAACUGGGGACUCUUCUACCCCAACAUGCAGCACGUCUACCCCAUCAACUUCUGACGGAGCUCGUGCUCGUUAAGUCCCUACUUGUUCUUGUUAACGAGUAAAAAGUCAUGUUACGCGAACUUGACGAGCUACUCGUUUGGAGAGCCUCUUAAUUACCUCCUCUUUCCACAUGAGGGAUGAGAACGUAUGAGUUAAUAACCAGACCCCAUUACUGUGAAUUCCCCAUUGAGAUUGGAAUACUUAUGUAUGUGUUGUAUAACUUGUAUUGACGUGGUCAUAACGAAGCAACCGUAAAUCUUUUUUAGUUCC